UGUUUUUACGGGCAGAUAUUUUAUUCUUUGUUUUUGUGUAGUGCACUUUGUAUGCGAGAGUACGGUCCAGGAUAACUCCUAGGUAUUUGGGGUAGAAAGUGUGUUCUAGUUGUACUCCCUCCCUUGCAACUCUCAGUUUUCUUUGGACCUCUCUACUUCUCAGAUGGGAAGCUGAUACCUCAGUUUUAGUUUCGUUGGGUUUUAGGUAGUUCUCCUGAUAGUAUUUUGUAAAUUUACCAAGCGCGACGCAGGGGAUUGUUCCGAAGUCCUUCGCCUAUACCAAUAAAUACUGAUUCAGCUAUGGUACUUAGUCGGUUGAGCAACAGUUUUUCGAAUAUCUUAUACAUGCGGCAAAUCAAGGAGAUUCGCCAUAGUUUUUUGAGUUUGUUGCUUCUUUACCGUUCUUCUCCGUUCUGAUGUACGGCAUAGAAUCGUGGACACUGAAAAAGAUAAACAUCAAAAACAUUGAGGCAUUUGAGAUGUGGUGUUACAGGAGAAAGUGGAAAAUAUCAUGGACAGAAAGAGUAACAAAUCAAGAUGUUCUGCUGAAGAUGGGGAAGGAAUGCGAAGUCAUAAGAACCAUACGAACGAAACAACUGGAAUAUCUGGGCCACAUAAUGAGAGGAGAAAAGUACUAUCUGCUUAGACUCACAAUACAAGGAAAAAUCUCGGGAAAGCGAAAUGUGGGACGUAGGAGGAUUUCCUGGUUACGAAAUUUAAGGGAGUGGUAUGGGUGCAGUUCAAUACAGUUGUUCAGAACUGCAGAAAACAAAGUAAAGAUUGCUGUGAUGGUAGCCAACCUCCGAUAGGAGACGGUACUGCAAGAAGAAGAUUCUUUACCUGGUUUUAGUAUAACUAGUCAUACUAAAUAUUUAUUAUAUACUUAUAUUUCUUCCACCAUUAUACCAUUCAUCCUCGGUGCUUUGCUAUUUUUAUAUUUUUUAAUGACUUCUUUCAGUUCUUCUAUUGUAAAAGGAGACGUUGUGACAGGUCGUAGUUUUCUUACUCAGCAUGCCUUUCAACAUUUAGCUACUUAUUUUUUCAGGAAUUGGUGAGCUAUCUCAUUUAGAGUGACAUUGGAGAUUAUAUUAUUUUUCGACGUAUCUCCAUUCAGGCGUUUCAUCAUUUGCGAUACUUUAUGACUUCUCGUUGACAUAUUGAUGUUUUCCAGAGUAUGAACACAUCUGUUUGGGAUGUAAGUUUCUGGCCAUUUUGUUACGCCAUCCAACUGAUUGCCACUGAUAUAAUUAUCUACCACCAUACCAUGAUAAACACCUGCAACGUUGUUUAUUUAUUUAUAAAAUCUAUAAAUAUAACAAAUAUAUAAAUAUGAAAAUAUUUAUAAAAAAUAGACAACUUUUUCAAAACACAGAUUGUACAAAUACUUGGGGAUGGAAAUAACAAAAAACGAAAAAUACAAUAGGAGAAAAAGUAAUAUCAAUAUUAAACCGAGUCUUGUGUUUAAGAAUAAUAAACAACAUGAGAAAAAAGACAAUGUGUGGUACUGUAUUGAAAUAGUGAUAUAUAGGUGCGAAGGAUGGCUAUGCAAAUAACGAAUGGCAAAAAUACUAAAAGCCACGGAAAUUAAUUACUGGAAAUAAGAAGCGGAAAAAUCAAUAUCACAAAUGAAAUACGGACCAAUCAAUUAAUAUAACAUGGCGUGUUCAGAUAAUAAUCAAUUACACAAUUUUAAAAAAGUGCUUUUUUCAGCAGGAAAAGAAAAAGAGACAUAUAGCCGACAAGAGAUAGUGA